GAGCACUUUAAACGACGAGGUGGUAUCCAACAACAACACUGCAACAACCACUAUAACCAUGUCGACAGACGCACUCGCAUCUGCCGUCGCUGACAAGCUCAGCGUCAGCGGCUCUAAGCCCACGCUCUACGUCGACGAGAAGAAGGGCUCCGACGAGACGGGCAAGGGCACCCAGGAUGCGCCCUUCGCCACCCCCGUCGGCGCGUACCUCUCGCUCGCUCCCUCGACCGCGUCCGACAAGGACCCCCUGAGCGUCGUCAACAUCCUCGUCCGCAAGGAGGCCGAGGGCGACGCGCCUGCCGAGUGGGCCGAGCUCUCGGGUGCCGGCAAGAAGAAGCUCGCCAAGGGCGUCGACCUCCAGAGGAAGAAGGCCGCCAAGCUCGCUGCCGACGGCGAGAGGCUCGAGAAGGAGCGUCUCGAGACUGAGGCCCGUGAGAAGAAGCGCCGCGAGGAGGCCGCCCAGAUCAAGCUCGUCGAGGACCCCUCCAAGCCCGCUGCCAAGAAGGCCAAGCUCUACCAGCUCCCGGAGCUCAUCGGCGACCGCGUCCGUCUCCAGGGCUGGGUCCACCGCUUGCGUACCCAGAAGACCAACUACUUCAUCAUCCUCCGUGACGGCUCGGGCCCCCUCGCCCAGCUCGUCCUCUCCGGUGACGCCAUCAAGACGCUCGACGCUCUUGACCUGACUGUUGAGUCGACCAUCGAGGCCACUGGCACGAUCCAGAAGGUCAAGGAGGGCCAGAGCGCUCCCCAGGGUGUUGAGAUCGUCGUCGACUGGUGGAAGAUUGUUGGCCGUGCUCCCUCUGGCGACGACGCUUUCGAGGGCCGCCUCUCGGCCGACACUGACGCCUCGAUCCGUGCCGACCUCCGUCACCUCGAGCUCCGUGGCGAGACCGCCACUGCUGUUAUGCGCUUCCGUGCCCUCCUCCUCCGCUACUUCCGCGAGUACUUCAACACCAAGCGCAUCACCGAGGUCACUCCCCCCUGCAUGGUGCAGACCUCGGUCGAGGGUGGUUCGACCCUCUUCUCGUUCGACUACUACGGUGCCCCCGCGUACCUUACCCAGUCGAGCCAGCUGUACCUCGAGACUGUCCUCCCCUCGCUCGGCGACGUCUACUGCAUUCAGGAGUCGUUCCGUGCCGAGAAGUCAUUGACCCGUCGUCACCUGUCCGAGUACACCCACCUCGAGGCCGAGCUCGUGUUCAUCAAGUUCAACGACCUCCUCGACCACCUCGAGGACAUCAUCUGCACGGUCGUCGACAACCUCCUUGCCGACCCCGUCGCGUCCGAGAUCAUCAAGACUUUGCACCCUGAGUUCGUUCCCCCCUCGCGCCCCUUCCUCCGUCUCGACUACAAGGAUGCCAUCAAGUACCUCAACGAGCACGGUAUCAAGAAGGAGGACGGCUCGGACCACGUCGUCGGCGACGACAUUGCCGAGGCCGCUGAGCGCAAGAUGACCGACCAGAUCAACCGCCCUAUCCUUCUCAUCAACUUCCCCAAGAUCCUCAAGUCGUUCUACAUGAAGGCUAUCGAGGGCGACGAGGACUUUACCGAGUCGGUCGACGUUCUUGUUCCUGGCGUCGGCGAGGUUGUCGGCGGUUCGAUGCGUAUCUCGGACUUUGACGAGCUCAUGGCCGGCUACAAGCGUGAGGGCAUUCCCCACGAGCCCUACUACUGGUUCACCGACCAGCGCAAGUACGGCACGACCGAGCACGGUGGCUACGGUCUCGGUGUUGAGCGCUUCAUUGCCUGGUUCCUCAAGCGCUGGACUGUCCGCGAGGCGUCAUUGUACCCUCGUUACAUGGGCCGUGCAACGCCGUAAUGUAGAGGGAGAGGUCGAUAUGGGGUUAGAUGCAUGGCGAUUUAUUGUAGAGA